GUAUUCACGUUCUUUCUCCUCAACUUGUCCUUCAUGUUCAUCCAGCUUAUCUACUCGUUCAAAUCGCACUCACUUGGUCUUUUGUCUGACUCCUUGCACAUGUUUCUUGACUGUAUCUCCAUGCUUAUUGGACUAGUCGCAUCGGUUUUAGCCGCUUACCCCGAAUCAUCCUCGUCUCCGUUUGGAAUCAGACGGAUUGAGACGUUGAGCGGGUUUGCCAACGGGACCUUGCUUUUUGGGAUCAUUGCCGAGAUCUUCUUUGGCGUGGUCAGUAGAUUGAUCAGUCCCGUCCAUUUGGAGCAGACGAACGAAUUGUUGAUUGUCAGUGCCUUGGGGCUUGGGGUGAAUGUUAUUGGGGCCUACGCUUUGCUGAACAACUCAGAGCACUCCCAUACCCAUGGGGCAAUCACGGAAGAUGGGCAUUCUCACAGCUGUGGGGAAGAGGCAAAUGACAACAUGAGAGGAAUAUUCUUACACGUGAUGGCUGACUUGUUGGGGUCUGUGGGGGUAGUGUGCUCCACGCUUCUCAUCAAAUGGUUCAAGUGGCCGGGCUUCGACCCGCUUGCGUCUUUGUUUAUUGCAUGGCUAUUGAUUGGCCAUUCGAAAGACUUGUUCAAGUCCGCUGCAAAGAGCUUGUUGCUUUCAUUGAACGACGCCCAGGACUCCAAGCUCCGGGACUUGUUCAGCACCUUGAUCACGAUUCCUGGGGUUGCGGGCUUUACCACGCCGCGCUUCUGGCCCGAGCAGGGUAAGAUGGCCGGGUAUAUCCACAUUCAGUACUUCAAGGGCGAAAACUCGACUAUUAUCAAGAAGCGUGUCGAGAAGGUGUUCAACAACGCGGGAAUGACCAAGAUCUGGCUCCAAAUUGAAAGUGAGACAGAUGACUGUUGGUGCCGCAAA